AUGUGCGAGGAGCACAUCGUGCGGCAGGAGGACAUCCCACUGGUCUCCAACUUCGGGGUGUCCUUCUCGCUGCAGCCCUUCAACUUCUUUGACCUGAGCCGCGAGAUCCGUGGGCCUUUGGCGCUAGCGCUAGUUGGGCAGCCGGCGUUGAGCCCCGGAAGCGGUGGAGCCGUGGAAAAAGAGCGGGCGGAAGUUGGCAAAGCCAUCGGAAGCCUCGGGCGAAGCUUCGGCAGUCUGGUGGACAAGGGCGAGGGGCUGCAGUACUCCAGGCACCUGGUGGACCGCCGGGAGGUGCGGGUCAUCGCGGGCCACGGGGGCAGCGGCGGCCUGGCGUACAAGAAGCACACCAAGCACAAGAUGAUCGGCCCGGGUUGGCCCUGCGGCGGCAGCGGCGGUCGAGGAGGAGACGUGGUGGUGAAGGCAACUCCGGACCUUUGGAGCCUGGCGCACGUGAACGGACACGUGCAAGCGCCCAACGGGAUGACCGGGCGGAGGGGGAACCUCAACGGGGAGAGCGGCCGGCAGUGCGUGAUCUCGGUGCCGCGGGGGGUCUUCGUGCGUGAGCUCCUCGUGGACCCCGAGGAUUCCCGGCAGAAGCGCCGCGGGGCGCUGCUGGCGGACUUGGAUCAGCCCGGGCAGUCGGUGACGGUUGCCCUGGGGGGCAAGGGCGGCAUGGGUAACAACAUGGCGCGGGUUCACGAGGCCUUCCUGGGCUUGCCGGGCCAGGACCGGCGUAUCGAGCUUGAGCUGAAGACCGUGGCGGACGUCGGCCUAAUCGGCAUGCCCAACGCGGGCAAGAGCACGCUGCUGGGGGCGGUGAGCCGGGCGUGCCCGAAGAUCGCGCCCUACCCCUUCACCACGGUGGCGCCCUACGUGGGGAAGGUGGACUUCGCGGACGGCAGCAGCUUGACCAUGGCCGACGUCCCCGGGUUGGUGGAGGGCGCCCACCAGGGCCAUGGCCUGGGCCACGAGUUCCUAAGGCACCUGGAGCGCACCAAGGUGCUGCUCUACGUCAUCGACUGCGCCCGAUCUGUGGACCCCUUCGAUGAUCUUCUCAAGCUGCAACUGGAGGUCCAGGCCUACUCAUUGGACAUGGCCUGGAAGCCCUGUGGGGUGAUCUGCACCAAGUGCGACGUGGACCCCGUGAAGACCUUGCCCCGGGUGGAUGCUUUGUACCACCGUGUGAAGACGGCGGAGCGUGGUUUGGGCCCAGCGCCCCUCUUCGUGCGCGCGGUGUCGGCGCGCUUUGGAGAGGGGGUGAAGGGCUUGCUGCAGGAGGUGCUGCUGAUCCUUCAUGGACGGCACCAGAAAUGGCUGGCGCAGCAAACCGCUCGCCAAGAGGAGGAGGGCGACGGGUCCGCCCUCGUGGAGUCGCUGCAGUUCCUGCACGGUCUGCCGCAGCACUUUGGCGCCGAGGAAGCCUUCGUGGGCCGUGAUGUGGGGGAGGGCAAGAACUCUUACCUGGAUGGCGUGCCCGCUGAGGCUCAGAUGGGGAGCGGUGAGCUGGAACUUACGACCUUCACCAACGCGGAGGUGCAGGCUAAGCAGUCGGAGCUGCUGGGAGCGCUGGCCCGGUCCAAACGCGCAUCCGGGGACGCCCAGGUGCAGCUCAUUCAGCCCCUGGCCCAGCAGGCGGAGUCGGCCACCGAGGACAGCUGGGUGGUGCUCGUGGCUCGACCCGCCUCCGCCGACGCCUUCGAAGCGCCGACAUCGCAGGAGCUGGAGGCCCACACCCUGCGGCGCCUCACCUGGGAGGCGGAGGCCGAGCGCCGCGCGCGCACCGACGAGCCCAAGGUGGACGAACACGGCGAGGAGGACCCACGGCCCGUGCGGCCAGACGAGGAUGCGCUGGAGGGCAUGGGCUUCCCCAAGGGCGCGCGGAUGCACGGCUUCGAGGAGGCCUCCGAUCCGCCGAGCGGAUCGGUUCGGGAGCUGCGGUCAGCCCUGAGCAUGGAGGCGCACGUGUGGCUGGCGGAGCAGGGUCUCCGCCAGGAGAUGCGGGGCAGUGAGGCGAACAAGGGCUCCUUCGAGCUGCUGGAGAAGUGUCUGGCCCUUCGCCUCCGCCGGGGACGCUAUCGCCACUUCCUGCGGCCUCCGCUGGUGGACGUGGACGUGCUGGUGAACGAGAUUGAAGACCCAGAGAAGGCGGCGGAGCUGUGGUUUUUGGUGCGGCUGCCGGAGAGUUAUGAGCUCCUCACGGGGGACUUGAACCACUUCUCGCCGCCCGGAGGCAGAACCUUCCAGGGGACGGCGCGGAGUCAGGACAAGUUCCUCAAGGGUAGGGGGACUUUCCCCAUCGAAUUUUAUGAGAAAUCCUGGGACGAGAUGCGCAAGCACGUCUAUGUCAUCGGCCAGCGCUUUGAUGCCUGGGAGAACUGGUAUCCAGUCCCCAUCCGCCGGCUGUGCAACAUGAAAGUCGCCUUCGCGCUUGCCGCAAGCUCCUUCGGAGAACCGGGGACCUCCGCCUCACGCGCCCGGCACUUGGCGCGCGUGACAGAGAGCGAAGCUUGGGCGCUGGAACGGCAGAAGCUAAGGAACCACAGCGAAGCCCUGACCUCCACCCAGAUUCUUGACCCCUAUCGAGUCUAUGAGAGGACCGGCAUGCACGAGAAGCAGCUCGAUGGCGAGGAGCCGCAGCCCUGGCUGGCUUCAUAUCGAUCUGGCAGCCCGGAGCCCUUGAGGUCGAUGCGCUUGUCGGUUGAGCUGCCGGUUGUGGGCUUCGAGGUCCUGGAGGAAUCCGAGCAGCUGCGAGAGGCUUUGCUCAAGCAGCUCACGAAGGACGGCCUUGUGACCCACAGGCUCGUUUUGCACCAUGCCUGCAAAACCUCGCCCUUCCUCUUUUUCUCCGUCUACGACGAGCAGGGGCCCUUACUGCCUGCUCACAUUGCCCAGUGCCAUGACAAUGUCAUUCCCUUCGCAGCUGGGAAGCUUCCGGUCUUUGGCUUGAACGCGCAGCGCCGUCUGAAGGUGCCACGUCUUGGAUUCGGCGACUUAGCGGAAGUCCGGGUCAACCACGCCUGGGAGGCGAUCGAGCCCGCGGCGCCCCUGGACGAUGCGACUCUGCUGCCUGAGGCAGAGGACAUCAACGGGCGAAGAAUGCCUCAGGCUGCUGCCACCGAGCAGCAGGCCUGGCUCACGCGUCGCCUGUCAGCGUCCCUGGCGUCGCACCAGGUGCUGGACCUCGCUUGCCUGGUGGGGGCGCCCUUCGUUUCCGUCACCAAGCACAUGCACGCCUGCGCGCCCUCGGCGAGCUUCAACGGCCUGCUCAGGACCGACCUGCGGCAAACCCCUGGAGAGCUGCGGGGCAAGCCCUUCCAGUCCUACGUGCUGCUGGCGGCCGCGGUGGAGCCGAACCUCCACGUGGCCGGAUCCGGCGCCGUAUGGCGGUCCUGGGAUCGUGAGCGGAGCGGCCUGGCGGCAUUGGAAGCACGACUGGCAGUGCCGCGUGCGAAGGCUUCCAGAGUCUCGCUGCUCGGCCGCAAGCAACAUGCAACUGAAUAG